AUGCUGGACGGGGACCCCCCGCUCCUCACCCCCGCGCCGCCUUCCCGCCUCGAGCGCACGCUACGCACGCUUCGCUCGCCGUUCCGCCCCGGCUCGCCCUUCCACUUCGCCUCGCUUAAGCGAACCGGCUUCGUUAAAUCCUCAGUAUCGGACAGUGAGAUCGCGCGAGACGAACGCACUAUGCGCAAGAAAAACAAGAAACGUACAGAGGCGAUCGGCGGCGCGUCGCGUAGUACCGACAGCUCGCCGACCGUGGAAAAAAAGAAACCUGGCAGCCUGCUUAAAAGGAUGAGUAGUUUAGGUAAGCGGCGUGGUGACAGCUCCACGCCGACCUCCCUGUCGGAGGAUCCCGAAUCCGAAAUCGAUCAAGUUCCGCGAAAAGAAAACGUUUUAAUACACGAAAACGUUUUAAAUGAACCACAGACAUCUGAUUCUGAUAAAAAAAAUAAUUCUCAAAUAAGUACGGAGUCUGACACGAAAAUGGAACCAAAAUUAAAGGCUGAAGUGACGAGCGAACCUGAAUUAAAAACUAACCCUGACGAAAAAACGGAGUCUGAAGUAAAAAAAGAGCCCUCUGUACAAACAGAAUCCGAAAUAAAGGAAGAGGUUGAAACAAAAAAGGACAGUGAACAAAAAAUGGUGCCUGAAAAUCCUGAAAAACAGGAAAGUAACGUAGAUAAUAUCGAAUCGACGAAUAAUACAAACGAAUCACCCGCAUCCCCCGAGCCCCCAUUCAUUACGCUAGCUGUAGAACAUCCGGUGGCGAUGCGCGCUUUCAGCAAGGAAGCGUGGAAACGUCGUCGCAAACCUGAAAUCGUGAAACCCGUGGAGGAGCCGAGUCCGGGCAAUGCUCUCAAACGUCGCAUUGCGUUCGUCGCGCAGGCGUCUGUCGCCUUGUCGGAGGAUCACGACGACGACGACGACGAUGACGACGAAGUGGAGGAGGGUGGGGGUGAGGUGGGGUCUUUGGAGGAGGCGGUGGCGCUCGCCCGUCAGAGACUAGCCAUGGCCGCGCACUCGCCCGCGCCGCCGCACUCGAGCGACAACAACGAGACGGAAGAGGAGGGGUGUGCGGACACGACGGACGCGCCGGACACGAUGCCAGCGUACGGAGACCUCAUCGAGCCGGAGAGCAAAGCCGACAGCGAGGACGUGACGCAUGCACCAGCGAGUGCUGAAAGGCGAGAACAUCUGUACAAGAUCCUGGUUAUCGGUGAGCUGGGAACAGGCAAGACUUCAAUCAUCAAGCGAUAUGUGCACCAGUUCUUCAGCCAGCAUUACCGUGCGACGAUCGGAGUCGAUUUCGCUCUAAAAGUGCUCAAUUGGGACGCAAAUACUGUAAUUCGUUUGCAGCUAUGGGAUAUAGCAGGUCAAGAACGUUUCGGUAACAUGACCCGGGUGUACUACAAAGAGGCAGUGGGCGCUUUCAUUGUUUUCGACGUGUCCCGCGUAGCCACAUUCGACGCAGUUGUUAAGUGGAAAAAUGACUUAGACACUAAGGUUCAAUUGGCAGAUGGAUCACCAAUACCGUGUAUAUUGUUGGCUAACAAGUGCGACCAACAGAAAGAAGGUAUAAUAAACUCUCCAGCGAAAAUGGACGAAUAUUGUCGGGAGAAAGGAUUCGCGGGAUGGUUCGAGACAUCUGCUAAGGAAAAUAUCAACAUCGAAGAGGCGGCACGAUCGUUAGUCCAUAAGAUUCUUCUAAACGACAAACUACUUCAAAGCAACGAUAAAGACGGCGAGAAGUUCGCUCUCGACCACAAGAUCGCUAACGGGGAGAAUAAUCGCGACCCGAGCACUAGCAAGUCGUGCGCCUGC